CUCUCCGUUUCUCCCCGCAGGCAGCGCAGACUCUCCCCGCGGCAGGGCCGCUCCGCUCCUCCCCGGGUCAGCUGACGGCGGCGGCGGUCCCGUCAUGGCCUCCCGGAGCGGCGCGGCUGAGGCGCUGGUCCUGCUUCUCCUCUGGUUCGCAGUCCUGGAGGGAGCAGCGGGCUCGGAGCCGCCGCCUAAGUGCGAGGACCUGCGGCUGGGGCAAUAUAUGUGUGAUGAGCCUAAAAUAGACAAUAGCACACAAGAACCAAUGAAUUGCACAAAUCACACAGCAUAUGUUCAGUGUCUGCCAGCACCAAAUAUUACUUGCAAAGAUCACCUUGGCAUAGAGAAAGUCUUUUCGGGACUUGAAGUUGGAUUUUACAAGCCCAUUGAGUGUCGCAAUGUAAAUGGAUACUCCUACAAAGUGGCAGUGGCUCUGUCCUUAUUUCUUGGAUGGUUGGGAGCAGAUAGAUUUUAUCUAGGAUAUCCUGCAUUAGGUUUGUUAAAGUUCUGCACUGUAGGGUUUUGUGGAAUUGGGAGCCUAAUUGAUUUCAUACUUAUUUCAAUGCAGAUCGUUGGCCCUUCCGACGGCUCCAGCUACAUCAUCGAUUAUUACGGGGCCAGACUGACCCGGCUCAGCAUCACCAAUGCAACCUUCAGGAAAAUGCAGACCUAUCCCUAAUAGCCCUAACUCUGGCAGGGGGUGGCACAAACCCACAGGUGCAGCUGGUUUUUACAGCUGGAUCCAGUGGCCCACUGGAAUUGCUGAGGAUUUACUGAUUGCCCCUCGUCAGAACGGAAUAUUAAAUGCACGGUGAACAAAGAUGAUAAAAUGUGAAAGUUCCUCACAAAGUUUACCUCAAAGGUGGAACUUUGGGGCUGCUCUGUUUCUGGGAGCAGAGUUGCUGAGUUACAUCAUCUGUGAAACGUGCAGACUGUUGCAACUUGCGCUGAUGUUGUGUCUGUGUCAUAUGGAGUGUUACAGAGAGCUGCAGAGAGAGUUGUUCAUAAUAAAUAUGCAGAUAUUUAUUCCAUUGAAAUUUAUAAGAGUUUUAACAUGGAUACACCUGGGGGUCUGUCCUUGUGGCAGUUUGGAAAUUAACUUAAAAAUCCCUAACCACACAAACUGCCUUUUUUUCCCCCAUCCUGUUAAAACCCAAAGAGCCCUAAAUCUUAGGCUGGUGUAGCCUGUGAAAUUGGGUUAAUUAAAACAAUUAUUUCUUUAAAUUUUAGUCAAGUUGCAAAAUUUGGUCAAGUUCUGAUCAACAGUAGAAACAUGGAUGUGGAAAAAAUAGAACUGUAGCUAUCACAAAAAAAGAAGGGUGGAUGUUGGGGUGCCCUGAGGUUAGAAAAACAAAUAAUUGUACUGCUUAUUUUGAUUUUUCUUUUCUUUCCUCUCUUGCAACCAUCGAUAGUGAAAUAAAUACCUUUUUUCUCCUAAAAAUAA